GCUACACUGAAGCCUGAUGCCUCUGGUAGCCAGUGGUGGAGCAGUGAGAAGCUGGUUUUGCUGCUUUGCUUUUACAGAGAGACUGGUCUGCAUGAACUCUUAGGAAAACAAGCACCUAAACAAUUCAAGCAGAAGCCUGUGAUGGAGGUCAGCUCCACAGAAGCCAGCAGCAGGUCCCCAGCUGGCACCGGCUGGCUGGAUUUCACCCUUGUCACCUGCACUGAGACAGUGACUUUCACUGAAGUGGUGGAAGAAGAGGAGUGGGGAUCCUUUUACUAUUCCUUUAAGACAGAGCAGCUGGUAACUCUUUGGAUCCUCUUUAUUGUCACAAUUGUUGGAAAUGCCAUUGUGUUCUUCUCUACAUGGAGGAGGAAGCGGAAAUCUCGAAUGGCAUUCUUUGUUACACAGUUGGCAAUCACAGAUUCAUUCACGGGACUCAUAAACAUAAUGACUGACAUCAUCUGGCGCUACACAGGAGAUUUCAUGGCUCCUGAUAUCGUUUGCAGAGUCAUCCGCUACUUACAGGUGGUCCUCCUAUAUGCUUCAACUUAUGUCCUCGUGUCACUAAGCAUAGACCGCUAUCAUGCCAUAGUUUAUCCAAUGAAGUUCAUGCAAGGAGAAAGACAGGCGAAAGUUCUUAUCGGAGUGGCCUGGAGCCUCUCUUUCCUGUUUUCGAUACCAACUCUGAUUAUUUUUGGGAAACGGCAGCUCUCCAAUGGGGAAGUGCAGUGUUGGGCUCUCUGGCCCAAUGACUCCUACUGGAUACCCUACAUGACGGUGGUUGCUUUCCUAGUGUACUUCAUUCCUCUGAUCAUUAUCAGUGCCAUAUACUCAAUCGUGAUUCGAACCAUCUGGAUGAAGAGCAAAGCUCAGACUGUCAUUAUAUCCAGCUGCCCUGAUGGGAAAACCUCCUCUGCUGGCUACAUCAGUCGUGGGUUCAUAUCCAGAGCAAAAGUGAAAGCCAUCAAGUACAGCAUUGUAAUUAUUCUUGCAUUUGUUCUCUGUUGGAGCCCUUACUUUCUGUUUGAUAUCCUGGACAACUUCAACAUCCUUCCUGAGACCAAAGAGCGCUUCUUUGCCUCCGUGAUUAUUCAGAACCUGCCGGCCUUGAACAGUGCCAUCAACCCCCUCAUCUACUGCCUGUUCAGCAACCGCCUCUGCCCACCCUUUGAGGAAAGAAGAACACGAAGGCUGGAGGGAACUUUUCAUGACCGAAGUGAUGGAGAGCAGGAGAUGCAGGUCCUGUCCAAACCAGAAUACAUCUAAUGCAAAUGAUACCCCACAUAGCCACACCAGGACCUGUACAGAUGAGGGUGGAUAUUUUCCCUGAGCACAGAAGAACACCAUGCAUGAACCAACUGGACAGAGUCUGUGCCUUGCUGUUGUUGAACAGCAUAAGCGUUUUGGACCAGCGCUGCAUCUUCAGCCAUUGCAUGACGCCAAGACCAAACUCACUGUGUGGGGUUUGCAUGCCACUUUCACGAUGGCUCAUUUUGACCAUCUGUUUUCAAGCAAGCUGUAACAUAUAUGCACUCCAAAACU